UAAAUUGUUCUUUCAAUAUUUCAUGUGAAUUCGAUUCAGAAGUGUUCAAUAUUUGGUUCACAUCUUCUGGUAGGUAAUCUCGGGGAUGACAUACACGACAAGAGUUUCUUGUUUUCUUUGAAGGCAUUUUGGCAGUAUUAUUUCAGUUCAGAUUUUGUGGUAUAGUUUUAUGAUAGACUUGAUUCAUUGGUGGUUUAAUUGGAACAUCUAACAUGCUCUCAGUUCCCCUACAGUCUCUGCACGAACGAACCGAACAAACCCUAUUUGGCUUUGAACAAAAGUAUAGGAAUGUCUCUAGCCUCCUCCUUUCUGUGACCCGAUCAAGAACACGCCUAAAUGGUCUACAACUCCAUGGUCAUAUCAUCAAGCUAGGCUUUCAAAUCAUCCCACUGAUCUCUCAUUAUUUAAUCAAUUUUUACUCCAAAACCCAGCUCCCAUUCGAGUCCUUGCGAGUUUUCGAUGAAACCCACAUCAAAUCAUCAACCACUUGGAGUUCCAUCAUCUCUUCUCUUGCUCAGAAUGAACUCCCUAUUCUUGCGCUUCAAUAUUUUAGAAGUAUGGUCGAUAGCGGAAUUCGACCGGAUGACCAUAUAUUCCCGAGUGCCACCAAAGCCUCCGCGAUCCUUUCGAGCUAUACUGUUGGGCAGUCUGUGCAUUGCUUUGCGUUGAAAACUGGGUAUGACGUUGAUGUGUUUGUCGGGAGUUCAUUGGUGGAUAUGUAUGCGAAAUGUGGGAAAAUUGAAGAUGCACGUAAAGUGUUUGAUGAAAUGCCUAUGAGGAAUGUGGUUUCUUGGAGUGGGAUGAUAUAUGGGUAUGCUCAGUCGGGUGAAAAUGAAGAGGCUUUGUUGCUUUUCAAGCAAGCUUUUUUCGAAAGGUUUGAGGUUAAUGAUUUCACAUUUACAACUGUCAUCCAAGUUUGUGGUACUACAACACUGCUUGGAUUAGGGAAGCAGCUGCAUGGGCUAUGUUUGAAAUUGAGUUAUGAUUCAUCGAGCUUUGUAGGAAGUUCUUUGAUUUCUAUGUAUUCUAAGUGCGGAAUUAUAGAAGUAGCUUAUCAGGUUUUUGAUGAGAUACCAGUUAGGAAUUUAGGCAUGUGGAACGCAAUGCUCAUAGCGUGUGCUCAACAUUCACAUACGAAUAAAGCCUUUGAAUUAUUCAAAGAAAUGGAAAUUUGCAGCAUAAAACCGAACUUCAUAACAUUUCUAUGCACGCUCUAUGCUUGUAGCCAUUCAGGAUUAGUUGAGAAGGGUAAGUACUAUUUCGCACUAAUGAAGCAGUAUGGGAUUGAACCAUGCGAUCAACAUUAUGCUUCUAUGGUCGAUAUCCUUGGCCGAGCUAAUAAACUAAACGAGGCGCUCUCGAUUAUAACGGAAAUGCCAACGAAACCUACACAAUGUGUGUGGGGAGCAUUUCUGACCGGAUGCCGACUUCAUGGAAAUACGGAAUUGGCUGCUUAUGCUGCUGACAAAGUCUUUGAAUCAGGUCCUGUGAGUUCGGGUAUGCACGUUUUAUUAUCCAACACAUAUGCGGCUGCAGGGAGAUACGAAGAUGCGGCUAGAGCCCGGAAGAUGAUGAGGGAUAAAGGGAUAAAAAAGGAAACAGGUUUGAGUUGGGUCGAGGAGGGUAAUUUCGUACAUACUUUUGCUUCAGGGGAUAGACGGCAUUUCAAAGCCGAAGAGAUAUAUAAGAAACUGGAGGAGUUAGAAGAUGGAAUGGAGAAAGCUGGUUAUGUUGCGGAUACGAGUUAUGUAUUGAGGGAAGUGGGCGGUGAAGAGAAGAAUAUGGCGAUUAGAUAUCAUAGUGAGAGAUUAGCGAUUGCGUUUGCUUUAAUUACAUUUUCAGAUAAAAAGCCGAUUAGAGUUAUGAAGAACUUGCGUAUUUGCGGUGAUUGUCACACCGCGAUAAAGUUUAUGUCGAGAUGUUCUGGAAGAGUGAUAAUAGUAAGGGAUAACAAUCGGUUUCAUCGGUUUGAGGAUGGGAAAUGCUCUUGCAGUGAUUAUUGGUGAUCUACUUGAUACUUCUAAACAGGAUGCGCCAGAAAUUUGACAUGUAAAUGAGUUUGAUAAAGAUUUCCCAGAAUUCUAAAGUCAUUUAUCAGAAAAAACACCAUCUUGGUGGGUUAGGCUUCAGCAAACUUACUGGAGGGGAAACAAAGACCACAAGAGCUUAUAAAGAUGUAUGGGAUAUCUUAUCCUGACCGAGAACAUCCGAAGGUUAUUAUUAAAGGGUCUUUGGCCUAGCCGUAUCUGAGCCUCUUGCCUCCUAGGAGGUCAGGGGUUUAAACAUCACCAUUGAUGAGGACGGGGUGUUGAAGAAUGAUUCUUGGUGUUGGCUGAAAUGGCAUUGGAUUCUCUGACGGAUUUGUUUCGAUAUA